UCCCGCGCUUGGGCGAGCCUAGACUAAAUCAGAUUCGACCCUGCGACUAUCUUCAACAAUCCUGUCCCCGGCUGGCGCCGGCUCUUCCUCCGCUCCCUCUCGGUUGCUUUUCUCUUCCACUUCUCAACUUGGUCAAACUGCUGUCUUUGGCAGACUGGCAGCCCGACCCUGUCUGUCUAGCUCUUCCCCAUGGACAUUAGAGGCAAGCAGCCUUCGACUUGGACCGAGUACGAAGGCGUCCAUGGAGCCUCCGUCGACUCCAAUGACAGUCGCGUGCAAUGGCGCGAGGACGAGAGGGGGACCACUACCGGUGCGUCCCCAUCUCAUUCGAGAGGUCCUUUUGGAGAUCUGAGCCGACGGAGAUCUUCCAUGUCGAUGCGACUCCACGCUCUGGGUGACGCAGGCGGUGUCAACAGUAUCAACAACUUUGCACGAUCAUGGCAGCGAGCUGCCGGCUUCUUCGAGAUCACGCCCGUCCGACCCAAUUUCCGUGUAGAAUCAGAAGACGACCAACACUGGGACGAGGACGUCUCCAGAAGGAGCUCGUCCCCCGAGACCAGACGCUCCCUCCUUCGUGCCGGCCUGGACAGCGAGCGCGCUUCAGAGCAAGCCGUACAUGACGAGGAGCUUCAGGCCACCGAGGAAUCCCAUCUUCUCCCGGCAGCGGCAGAGCAAAGACUGGGCGAGGUCAGAACAGAGAGAUCGGGCAGCAUAUUGAGCAUCGAGCCUUCGCUCUCUUCGCCGUUUGGCGGAAGCUAUGGCACCUCUUAUGGCAGUCUCGGUGCACGUGUCAACGAAUCCUCCAUGAUUCAUGCGGGGCGCCUCUUCACAGAGCAGCAGAUGAAGGCAGCCGAGACCGAGAGGGAACCGUUGCUUGUCAAGCAGAUUGAAGAGGACGGGAAGCUCAUCAAUGUCGUUGUUGGCCAAUCUACUCUUCCCCAGACCAUCUUCAACUCGGUCAACGUCCUGGUCGGAGUAGGUCUUCUAAGCUUACCCUUGGCUUUCAAGUAUUCCGGCUGGAUCAUUGGCAUGAUCUUCCUCGCCUUUGCAGCGCUUGCUACAGCGUAUACGGCCAAGUUGCUUGCCAAGUGUCUUGACGUGGACAGCUCCCUCAUUACUUUUGCAGACCUCGCCUAUGUAUCCUUCGGAAACAAGGCGCGGUAUGCUGUAAGCGCUCUGUUCUCUCUCGAACUCUUGGCAGCUUGCGUGGCUCUAGUGGUGCUCUUCGCAGACAGCAUGGAUGAUCUGAUUCCUGGUUGGGGCCUUCUUUUCUGGAAACUUGCGUGUGGCGUCAUUCUGAUACCCUUGGUUUUCCUGCCGCUUAGAUUCCUAUCCUUCACAUCCGUAUUGGGCGUCAUGUGCUGCUUCGGAAUCACCAUAGCCAUCUUCUUCGACGGCUUCAUCAAACCCGAUGCCCCAGGCUCCCUCCGCCAACCCACGACCCAGUACCUCGUCCCCGCGAACUGGCUCACCGUUCCCCUCUCCUUCGGCCUCCUCAUGUCUCCCUGGGGUGGCCACUCCGUCUUCCCCAACAUCUACCGCGACAUGCGCCACCCGUACAAAUAUCACAAGGCCGUUGACAUUACCUACAUCUUCACCUACCUCAUCGACGUCGGCAUGGCCUGCGCCGGCAUCCUCAUGUUUGGCGACGGCGUCCGCGAGGAGAUCACCAGCAACAUCUUCCUCACCGACGGCUACCCAGAGGCCGUCAGCGUCUUCAUCGCCAUCUGCAUCGCCAUCAUCCCUCUCACCAAGAUCCCUUUGAACGCCCGCCCCAUCGUAUCUACCAUGGAAAUCAUCUGCGGCCUCGACAACCGCGCUCUCGCCGCUUCCUCUUCCCUAAACGGGCUCUCCGGCAUGACACGCGGCAUGCUCAAGUUUUCCCUUCGCCUGGUCAUGAUCGCGCUGUUCGUCUUCAUCGCCAUCAUCUUCCCGUCUUUCGAUCGCAUCAUGACGCUCCUUGGCGCUGUGGCGUGCUUCUCCAUUUGCAUCAUCUUGCCGUUGGCGUUUCACUUGAAGCUCUUUGGGAAGGAGUUGUCUGGGACGGAGAAGAUGGUGAAUUGGGUGUUGAUUGUGGUCAGUACGGUCAUGGCGCUGACGAGCACGGCAUUUGCUUUUGUCCCGAAGGACGUGUUGGGUGCGUGAGAAUUUGACGGCAAGGAUUGUGUGCAUCGAGGUAGGGAUGGCAUUGUCUGAAAAAAGUCUGGUGAGUGUUGUGAUUCAUGACAUGCUUAACAGAAGGCUCUGCGGAUGGGAGUUGGAUACGACUUUUGCUUCCUCAUUAUCUUCUCGAUGGGUCGCGACGAGUUCACUAUCUGCUGCAUUUCCGGUGGUACUUCUUCCUCUUGCAUUUGUGGGCGUGCAUACAGCGUCUUUUCCUUUUCCUUUUCCUUUUCCUUUU